AUGUCGGUCAACGAUACUACGUGCUCUCCAACCGGCACGUGUUCCAUCUUAGACGGUGCUUUCACCAACGGAACGUUCUUUGAUGCUCAAUAUGAUCCCAAUUUCCCGGCGCCUAUCUGGCGCUCGAGGCUGGAGCUCGCAUUCAUCUGUAUCUUCAAUUCAAUGUCUCUAAUGGUAAUAACUGCCAGACUAUGGUAUCGAUGGCGGAAAAUAAGACGAUUCCGAGGGGACGACAGGUGGAUGGGUGUCGCGGGCUUCUUCUUGAUGAUAUAUUUUGCUUGCCAGAUCGGUACGAAUAUAUUUGGGAGCGGCUUACAUAUGCAAAAUGUGCCUGAAUGGUGGAGAGAGUAUCAUUGGCAUUUUAUGUUUGGAUGGGCUGGAUACUACAUUGUGACGAGCUGUAUAAAGUUGUCUGUGUGCUAUUGUUUUCUGCAUAUUUUGCCGAAACAUUUCAAAUGGCUCCGAAUUGGUGUCCAUGGCCUCUGCGCAAUCAUCAUCAGCCUUAUGAUCACGCUAUGUAUGUCCUGGUGGGUUGGAUGCGAACCAUUCGAUAGUAAUUUUCUUUGGAGCCACCUCUCCACAAGGUGUAUAAACUAUGAUAUCUUCAGGUGGCUAUGGGUCGGCUUCAGCAUCCCAAUCGACCUCAUCCUCGUCACGAUACCCCUUCAAAUCCUGAAGCGCGCAAAACUACGAGACCACGAAAGAAAGCUACUGAAGAUGAUCUUCUGCGCCACCCUCCUAGGAACCGUUCUUCUUUCUGUGGGCAUCUUCGGUGUAUGGGAGACCCGAACUCAGCAAGCAGACGAUCCCUUCUACCACGAGAUCGCAUUCAUAAUGAUGACCGACGUCGAGAUAUUCAUGUACGCACUCGGUGCAUCUUUCCCAGGUUCGUCCUCCCCUCCCCCAUUCCCACCCCAACAAACCUGUCUAAUCCUCAACAGUCCUCUCCCGCUACCUCGUCCAACGGGCCGACCCCGGCCCAGGCGACCACCCCCACAACUCCAAUUUCUCCUCCUGGGCGCGCUACAUCCCCAAUUUCUUUCCCGACACCAACCAAACCAACGGCACGGCGGCCGACAACCUCGUCGAGCUGGAGGCCAACCCUUCAAUCAGCAAGCGGCGGCACGACAGCGGGACAUCGCUCACGAGCGGCGCCCCCUCCUCCAAACCCUCACGUUCGAAUAG